AAAAUCUUCAAGUGUAGAAAAAUAUCUCAAAUCAAACCCUUUCAUAUGUUAGUUGUAAAGAAGGUAAAGCAAAAUUAGUGGAAUAAGAGGCAGUAUCCCGCCGAAGAUGUCAAUGAUUUUGAAGGCAUGGAAUUGGUAUCAGAACUCUCUUUCAGUUCAUCCAGUGAAGACCCAAGUCACCACCUCUGGUGUCCUUUGGGCCGUUGGAGACAUCACUGCUCAGUACAUCACUCACGCUGCUGCUGCUAAAAAACAGUUAUCUCUAACUCUAACUGAAGCGGAUACUAAAUUCGUGAUCGAUUGGAGACGUGUGGCGGUUACUAGUAUGUUUGGAAUCGGUUUUGUUGGACCCGUUGGACACUUCUGGUAUGAAGGCUUGGACAAAUUCAUAAACCAAAAGCUUCAACUAAUGCCAAAGACUGUGCAAUCCAUAGCAACUAAAGUGGCAAUGGACGGCCUGAUUUUCGGUCCGAUACAUCUGUUUGUGUUCUUCACUUACAUGGGAUUGUCUGCCGGAAAAACCAUUCCUGAGGUGAAGGAAGACUUGAAGAGGAAUUAUUUCCCAGCAUUGGUUUUAGAAGGUGGUGUGUGGCCAAUUGUGCAGGUUUUCAAUUUUCGGUAUGUUCCUGUCAAGUACCAGCUUCUGUAUGUGAACUUGUUCUGCUUGUUGGAUAGUGCUUUCUUGUCAUGGUUGGAACAACAGAAGGAUGCACCUUGGAAACAAUGGUUUCAACCAUUUCAUUCUUCUAAUGGAAAAGGAGCUGCUCAGUGAUGAUAAAGAGACACAUAACAAUGAUUUACAAUGUUAACAAAAAAACACUAGUAUUGAAUAAUUGUGUCAAUUUUAAUGCCUAAGUUGUGAUUUUUUUUUAGUAGGGAUGAAAAUUUGAUCAAUUAAUAUACAAUUUAUUCAAUCAUA